AUGUCCGCUCCAGUCACUCAACCCGCUGCGCGAUCGCCAUGGCUAGGUGAACCUGUGUCUGUACUGCCAUCUGGUGGCGCGUGUGAGACCAACGACACCUCCCGAGCCGCUUCGCCGAACGGAGAAGGCAUCACUCCUGCAGGCUACCAGGGGCCCACUAGCAAUUUCUCGUUUCGACUUCCUGAUCGCCACGUCACAAAUGGCUUGACUUCGCGAUACUUUGAUUUCGCUGCACCCACUUACCGCUACCUACAUUGGCCCACAUUCGAAUCAUGGCUUUCUCGCUUACACGAGCAAGAAGACAUGGAUCAGGUGAGCCUUGCGCCUAUUCGCCGAGCUAUCGUUCUGAUGGUUCUUGCGACCGCUUGUCUCUACAACGUCGAAAGUGGCAAUGGAUCAGACACGACAGCUUGCGAUGCGGUCGAUUCGAGGACUGCUGAGGUCAACGACAACAAUCUGCGUAUGGGUGAAACACUUUAUCAAGCGGCACAACUAGCUAUAACAAGUGAGACUGGCAGACCACGUCUCGAAUCUGUACAGGCACGAUUGGCUACGUCUCUUUACCAACUCAACACAUCACGAUUGAACCAAGCGUGGCAUACACUGGGAAGUACCUAUCAACUCGCACUGUCCAUAGGUAUCCAUCGGGCAAGAGCUCCGGGCUCGGCGGACUCAACCAGAGUUGUCCGAGAAUGUCAAAAACGCUGUUUCUGGGCAGUCCAUAUGCUCGAUACAUACCUUAGUGUGAUGUUAGGAAGACCGCCUUACAUCAACGACACAUACAUCGAUCAACGCUUCCCAGAGAUAGUCGAUGACAAUGAUCUCCUCUCUGAUGAAGCGGUUACCCGCGCAAUACCCAAAGACUGCAUCCAAGCGGCUCCAGUCAUGCAUGCGAAACUCACUCGCAUAGUCAAAGAAGCUUUGAAGGAGCAAGCUUUGGUCCACGUUGCUCGGGAUCAGCACAUGAUCGCGACAGCACAGCGAUUAGGACUCCAGAUCGAACAGUGGAGAAACCAAUUGCCACUGUUUCUCUCGGGCGGCAUUCAUCCAUCUAGUCUCGUCCCGGUUUUUCGCAGACAACUCACCGUACUGCAGAUAGGCUGUGCACACGCUGUCAUGAUCAUAACCAGGCCUCUGCUCUUCGGGCAACUCACAGAGCCAGCCAUGAUGCAGCCACACAUAGAGAAAUGCUUGUCCGCGGCCAAACUUGUUCUUGAUCUUGUUCUUGAUCUCGCAGCAGAUAACAACUUGAUACCAGCGUUCUGGAACACUCAGUACGUUACGUUUAAUGCAUUGACCAUAGUCUAUGUGUGGAUCAUGCAGCGCAAACAAGGUCGCCUGUCUAUCAUCCCCACUCAAUACGAUGAGAUGGUUCUUUUCAAGUUGGCAAAAUCAGUACAAGUGCAUCUGGCGAGAGCCACUAAUGCGAAUGCACCUAGCUUACGAUAUAGUAUCAUCCUAGAAGAACUACAACAGGAACUGUCUUGUCUGUUAAGUAGAUCGGACAUUGCCCAGUCAGAAGUCACAAACAGACAAGUUGCAACCAUCGACCACCAAGCGAUGUCUGCGAACUCUUCACUUGAGCCGAGACAAUGGGACGCGUCGGAUAUGGAUUUUCCUCUAGAUCCUGAAUUGUGGUUCCAGCUCGAUACUUUGCCGUUCAGUACAGUUGAUGUAUAA